AUGGAGCAAAGAUCCACCUUCACGGACGGCUCCAAAAAUCCGAAGCAGCCGAGCGACGACGCCCGGUCCGCGGUGAUCGUCGGUGACGACGACAACCACGGCUUCACCGUCCAGGGAGCCAUCGUCGGAAAGCACAAGAGCGGCACCGACAUGGCCCUCAAGGACAACAGCGACCACGAGACGACCUCCACGACCGUCGAGAUCACUGCCCUAAUCUGGGCCUUCGCCUGGGUGAUCCACUACAACCCCGACCACAUCACCACGAUAUCCACGGACUCGCUCGGCGCCCUGCAGCUCGCGAAGAGGCUCGCCUUCACCGCUCACGACCCUAAACUCGUCAGGGCUCUCUGCGUCCUCUACGACAUGGUCAGCCAGAAGGUAGACCUGCAGCACGUCCACGCCCGCGACCGCAACCCGUGGAACGAUGUUGCCGACGCCGCCACCAACCACGGACGUCUUCGAGCAGUUCCAGUGCCCCAGCCAGAGUGGGCAGGCAUCAUGGACGGCGCAUCCCAGCGGUACUGGGAGUUCCUGCUCGACGCGGACCCCAACACCCGGGAGGCCUACCCCGAAUUCGGCCACGGCAGCCUCACAGCCAGCAGGGUCGAGACGACCGCCGAGGCCCGACACUUCCACAACCCCACCGAGUCCAGCGACAAGAAGAUUCAAAUCGAAAUCAGCAUCGCGACCUUCAACAUCCAGUCAGGCCGAGAGCCCAAGGAAGGAUCGAUGCGAAGAAAAGAGAAGACCAAUCAGCUUAAGUCCACGAUGGCCUGCCUGUGCGACGGGGACAUCCACAUCAUCGAUAUCCAGGAGGCCAGGACGCCCUGGGACGCGCUCGACGCAGGACAGGAUGACGAUGCCAGAUGCGCCGACGCCAACAGCUACCACAUCAUCUCUAGCGGCCAUCAGGGGUUCAACUACGUCUGCGAGCUGCACGUCCUGCUCAGCAAGCCUUACGGCAAGAGCGGCAAUAAGGAGCUCUACUUUAAACCCGACCAGUUCACCGCCAUCGAAAAUGACCCCAGGCCCCUUAUCGUCCGCCUCGCUGCCCCUGGCUUCAACCGCGCGCUUGCCGUCGCCCGCGCCCCGCAUUCGAAGGCCCUCGAGACCGAGAAGGUUCGCUACUGGAAGAAGCUCACGGAGACCACCGACAAGACAGGUAACGUCAUCAGCACGGCCAUUGGCGACCAGGGGUCCAAGCAAAACGAGGAUCCCAACGGCCGCCGCCUCCACGCGCUUCUCCUGCCCAACCACCUAGCGGCCGCCAGCGCCUUCGUCAGCCACGGACCCGAGCACUGCACCUGGCACUCGGGCAGGAACCCUCACCGCACCGAUUACGUCAUCAUCCCCAAGAGCUACAUCGACUCAAUCGAAGAGUGCUCCGUUCUCUACGGCAUCGACGGCGGCCAGGACCCAGAAACCAAAGGAGACCACUACCCCGUCAAGCUGCAGCUCGCCUAUCAGAUCGCCUCGUCCGUCACCAAAGGCGUCCCGAAGCUAGACGAGAGCAAGCUUGCCGACGAAGAAUGCCGCAACAAGUUCAGCCAGAAGCUUAACGCAGUCCAACGCCCGUCGCGGGACACCCACCUCAACGAGCACCUCGCUACAGUCACCGAGAAGAUCACGGAGGCCGCGUGCGAGUGUUUCCGCCCCCACGGCCGCAACCCACACAAGCCCUACAUCACCAAGCGCUCCUUCGCCCUUCUGCGGGUUCGCCGCUCGCUAUUCAAGACGACGCGGAUCGCCAAGAAAAACGUGAUUGCCAGCCACGUUGGCGCAAAGAGGCUACGCUACAUGGCCAAGCUCAUUGCGAAGGAGGCUCUGCUACCAGACCCCGCCGACGUGGGAUUCUUGGCCGACCUCAAAAACUACGCGAAACUAGUGGCGGCCUCCCUCGUACUCAGCACUCCCAGCCUAGCGGCCAGCGCCGAGGCAACAGACGCAGCCAGCACCGUGGAUAGCGCCCAGCACUACUUCGACGCCCUCGUUCAAUUCCUCUGGACAUCUAAGCCUAUCCUCUAG